CUGUGCUCCUGCUAAUCCUUCAAAUGCUGCAGUGCUUGAGAAUGGGCCUGACACGGUGUUCGGAUGCACCGCACACUCUUCUCAUGCCCUAGGGCCAGUCCCUCAUCUCCAGCUCCGGCCGCUGCACAUCCCGCCAGGCCUGGAGCGAGAGCUCUGCUGGCUUGGAAGAGGAGGCUGAGCUGAGCUUCUCUACAGAAUCCCCCCUUUCCCCUCAUUUGUUCCUCUUUGUUCUGCAGCUGGGGACGUCUGCCAGCUCCCUCCGGACGCUGGCCCUUGUGAGGCCCACAUGACCAUGUACUUCUACAACCCCGUCACCAAGAGCUGUGAGAGGUUCAUUUAUGGCGGCUGCAAGGGCAACGGGAACAGGUUUUCCACCAAAGAGGAAUGUCUGCGGGCGUGUGGACAGCCUGCUGGAGACGUCUGCCGGCUCCCUCCAGAGGUUGGCCCAUGCAAGGCAAGAAUACCCAGCUACUUCUACAACCCCGUCACCAAGAGCUGUGAGAGGUUCAUUUAUGGCGGCUGCAAGGGCAACGGGAACAGGUUUGCCACUGAAGUGGAAUGUCUGCGGACGUGUGGACAGCCUGGUAAGAGACUGAGGGAAAUUCAGCGAGUCAGGUCCCCAUCUACCCUGGUAACAGAGACCUUCCUGCCACGGAGCCUGACCUCCAUGAUAACGACGGACCGGCUGCAUCCCAGCAGUGCUAGAGCACCCACUAAAGAGGAAUGUCUGCGGACGUGUGGACAGCCUGCUGGAGACGUCUGCCGGCUCCCUCCAGAGGUUGGCCCAUGCAAGGCAAGAAUACCCAGCUACUUCUACAACCCCGUCACCAAGAGCUGUGAGAGGUUCAUUUAUGGCGGCUGCAAGGGCAACGGGAACAGGUUUGCCACUGAAGUGGAAUGUCUGCGGACGUGUGGACAGCCUGGUAAGAGACUGAGGGAAAUUCAGCGAGUCAGGUCCCCAUCUACCCUGGUAACAGAGACCUUCCUGCCACGGAGCCUGACCUCCAUGAUAACGACGGACCGGCUGCAUCCCAGCAGUGCUAGAGCACCCACUAAAGAGGAAUGUCUGCGGACGUGUGGACAGCCUGCUGGGGACGUCUGCCAGCUCCCUCCGGACGCUGGCCCUUGUGAGGCCCACAUGACCAUGUACUUCUACAACCCCGUCACCAAGAGCUGUGAGACGUUCAUUUAUGGCGGCUGCCUGGGGAACGGGAACAGGUUUGAAACCGAAGAGGAAUGUCUGCGGGCGUGUGGACAGCCUGCUGGGGACGUUUGCCAGCUCCCUCCGGACACUGGCCCUUGUGAGGCCUACAUGCCCAUGUACUUCUACAACCCCGUCACCAAGAGCUGUGAGAUGUUCAUUUAUGGCGGCUGCCUGGGCAACGAGAACAGGUUUUCCACCAAAGAGGAAUGUCUGCGGGCGUGUGGACAGCCUGCGAUCUGCAAGCUCCCCGUGGAACCCGGACCAUGUUUUACCUACGUCCCCAACUACUUCUACAACUCAGUCACCAAGAGGUGUGAGGAGUUUAUUUAUGGCGGCUGCCAGGGCAACGAGAACCGGUUUCCUAAUAUGGAUGAAUGCCUGAAGAUCUGUGGAAGCUCAGAUAUAGACGUCUGCCAGCUCCCACGGGACCCUGGCCCAUGCCAGGCCUUCGUGAGCCACUACUUCUACAACUCGGCCACCAAGGCGUGUGAGGAGUUCAGGUACGGCGGCUGCCAGGGCAACGAGAACAGAUUUGCCACCAAAGAGAAGUGUUUCCAGACAUGUGGACGCCCAGUUAACGAGAUCUGCAAGCUCCCUGUGGACGCUGGCUCGUGUUUUUCCUACAUGACCCGCUACUUCUACAACUCAGUCACCGACAGCUGUGAGGAGUUCAUUUAUGGGGGCUGUGAGGGCAAUCAGAACCGGUUUUCCACUAAAAAUGAAUGUCUCAAGACCUGUGGAAGAUCAGACAUAGACAUCUGCAAGCUCCCUAUGAAGCCCGGCCCGUGCCAGGCCUUCGUGAGACGCUACUUCUACAACUCGGUCACCAAGAAGUGUGAGAAGUUCAGGUAUGGCGGCUGCCAGGGCAACGAGAACAGGUUUGCCAACAAAGAGGAGUGUCUUGAGACCUGCGUACGCCCAGUUAAUGAAGUUUGCAAGCUCCCGAUGGACUCGGGCUCGUGUUUUUCCUACCAGACCCGCUACUUCUACAACUGGUUCACCAGGAAGUGUGAGGCGUUCACGUACGGCGGCUGCGAGGGCAACGGGAACAGGUUUGCCUCCAUAGACGAAUGUCUCAGGACCUGCGGAAGUGCAGAGAAACCUGGGUCCUGCCCCACGACAACAGGAGGGCUCUGCAUUCUGGGGUGCAAUGACGAUGACGACUGUGCUGGAAGAGACAAGUGCUGCAGUAACGGGUGUGGCCGGACGUGCCAACCCCCCGUGCAGGGCUGAUGAGAGACUGACCAGGAGGAGCUGAGAGCCUGUGGGGCCCCCAGAACGUGAGCUGCCAUGUAGUCCCCGGGGCCGAGGGCCCAGCUGUUGUGUGCUGGAGACCCUGAGGAUGACGGUCCCCCGCCUUACAGGACCUUCGCCACAAGAGGAUCAUGCUGCCCUGCCUCGUUACCUUCCAUGUCUCACUGUGUCUCCCUAGCACAGCGAGCUGCUGCCAGAGCCCGGGGACAGGAGCUUCAGCCAGAUAAACACAG